AUGAUUAAUACCAAGAGGCUCCUUAAGGAGAUUGAAACAAAAAAGAAGAUCUCCGAUGUGAAAUUCUUUAAAGACGAUGCCGACAAGAAUCAUGGUAAAUCUCGAGGCACAUCCACUUUCAAUAGUAGCAACAUGAAUAUAGCCUCCAAAAAUUAUGGUGUUCUUGUCUAUGAUUUGGAAGGUAAAAAGUCUCUCUCGGAUAUUGUUCAAAAUUCCAAACUCAAAGCAAAAUACAAUACCGAGGCCAAAAACUAUUUCAAUUUAAUUGAUGAUUUGGAAUUUCCGACAGCAUGUAACAAUAUUUGUUUAGCUGCUGAUGAGAAUCACUUGUGGGCUUCUGGAAUUUAUAAACCACAAGUGAGGUGUUUCACUUUGGAUGAUUUAACCAUAAAGUUUAAGAGACAUGUGGAUUAUGAAAUUCUCAAAUUAUGUCCACUUACAUCGGAUUACAAAAAGAUGGCAACUUUGUGUGUGGACCGAUAUAUUGAAAUUCAUGCACAAUGGGGAAGUUAUUACCGAUUUAGAAUUCCAAAAUAUGGAAGAGACAUUACGUAUCAUGAUUAUAGUGCAGAGCUUGUCAUGGUAGGAUCAAGUAAUGAAAUUUAUAGAUUCAAUCUUGAACAAGGAAUGUUUAGAAAACCAACUAUGAGUUACUCGAAUGCAGAAGCUAUUAAUACUGUGAAAAUUAAUCCAGUUCAUCAACUUUUUGGACUUGGAUGUGACAAUGGAUUUGUGGAAUGCAUGGAUCCUCGUUCCAAGAAAAUUAUUGGAUGCAUUGACGCCUUUGAUUCUAUUCAUACCAUGUUAGGAUCUUCUUCACUUGAAUCUUCUUCACACGCUGUUACAGCAUUCGAAUUUGACAAUGAUGGAAUUGGAUUUGCCGUGGGUACAACCUCUGGACAGGUUGGACUUUUCGAUUUGCGAAAGAAAGGAGCUGUCUUUGUGAAGGAUCACCACACUGAUUUGCCAAUUGUUAAAAUUGCAUACCAUGAAACUUCAAAGAAUAUUUUCUCAGCAGACACUCAAGUGGUGAAAAUUUGGGACAAAUCCAAUGGAAACAAUUAUACCAAUUUGGAACUUACAGCAAAAAUCAAUGACUUUUGUAUCAUUCCACACAGUGGUAUGGUAUUGGUUGGAGGAGAACGAUCCAAGAUCAAACCUUUCUAUAUUCCAAGUUUGGGACCUGCACCAAAAUGGUGUUCAUUUGUCGAUCAAAUUACAGAAGAACUCGAAGAUUUCAAGAAGAAUACAGUCUAUCAAGAUUUCAAGUUCCUUACAUUGGAAGAAGUUCAAGAUCUCGGAUUGGAGGAUUUAUUUGGAACAGAUUUAUUACGGCCCUACAUGCAUGGUUUCUUCAUUAAAAUGUCUCUCUACAAAAGAGCUCUCGAGUACAGCAAUCAAAAACCAGAAAUUGCUCCUUCAGAACUUCUCACUCCAGGACAAGUGGACAGCAUGUCUGAAGAGAGACUUAAGGAAGAACGUGUUAGGGCUCUUGUUGACUUUAUUACGCAAGAAGAAGGUGAAGAAGAAUCUUUCGCACAACAAAAACCAAAGAAACCACAAAUCGCUGCUGUCGAUGAUGAAAGAUUCAAAGAAAUGCUUGAUAAUCCUGAUUUUGCUGUGGAUGAAUCCGAAAAGAAGAAGAAGUUUGAGGAACGAAAAGCCAAAAGAAGAGAAGUUUUCGACACCUCGAGUCACAGACGAGACAAAAAGGCAGAAAGAGAGCAAGAAGAUUCCAUCGGAAUUUAUGGUAUUGAGUCGGCACAAUCUCUCAAUUACAAUGAUCAUGCCGACUUUUUAGAUUUUGGUUCUAAGAACAAAAAAGAACGAAAUAUGACCUUCCACUCGCGAUUAAACCGUAAAGGAGAGAAUGAAGAGGACAAUAACGAAGACAACGACGAUGGACAGAAGAGAAAGAGACGAGGUGGUGGUAGUGGCGAUAAAAGAUCCAAGCACAUCAAAAAAUACUAA